AUGACGGCCCAGUCGCUGCGGGAGAUCUCCGCGCAUAACCUGCGUACCUUCAAGCGCGACUAUCUUUCUGAAAUCUCCGGGUCGCUGGGUGAUCUCGGCACCUUUCUGCCCAUUGCCAUUGCGCUAGCCGUCAAUGGAACCGUGUCGCUGGCCAGUACCUUGAUUUUCUCUGGUGUUUAUAAUAUCUUGACUGGCCUUUUCUUUGGAAUUCCCCUUCCCGUGCAGCCUAUGAAGGCCAUCGCCGCGGUAGCUAUCGCCCGAAACUUCUCCAAUGGCUCCAUUGCCGCAGCAGGAAUCUUUGUCGGUGCCUGUAUCUUGGUAUUCAGCGUCACUGGCCUCCUGCGCUGGUUCGCUAACGCGAUUCCCAUCCCUGUGAUCAAGGGCAUCCAAGUUGGUGCGGGCUUGUCGCUGGUGAUUUCAGCCUGCGGCAGCAUGCUCAAGCCGUUAGGCUGGAUUGGUCCGUCUUGGGCCGACAACCGCAUCUGGGCCAUUCUUGUCUUUCUCGGCUUGAUCGUCACCAAUGUCUAUCGAAGAGUACCAUAUGCACUAGCCGUGUUUGCCGUGGGUCUCAUUUUUGCCAUCAUUCGCACCGCGCUGGCCGGCCAUAUGCCCGGUUUCGAAAUCUGGCACCCAUAUGUUGUGGUCCCGACCCCCCACCAGUGGCAAGUCGGCGCUCUCGAUGCUGGAAUUGGCCAGAUCCCUCUCACUACUCUCAACUCUGUUGUGGCUGUAGUGCACUUGGCUCAUGAUUUGCUACCCGAUGUGCGUGCUCCAUCCAUUACACACAUUGGCCUCAGUGUCGCCGGCAUGAACCUCCUGGGCUGCUGGUUUGGCGCUAUGCCUGUCUGUCACGGAUCUGGUGGUCUGGCAGCACAAUAUCGCUUCGGCGCGCGCUCGGGUGCCAGUGUUGUUUUCCUCGGUGUGCUGAAGCUCAUCGUCGGCUUCUUAUUCGGGGAGACCUUGGUUGAUCUAUUGAAACGUUUCCCUGCCGCAUUCUUGGGAGUCAUGGUCAUUGCGGCUGGUCUGGAAUUGGUGAGUGUCGGCGAGAGUCUCAAUACCACUGGCGCUCGUGAUCUGGACCAAGCAGGGAGCCCUCUUGCUCACACGGGUCAACAUCUUGGUCCUGUGCUUACGGACGAAGAGCGCAAGCGUCGCUGGACUGUCAUGAUGGUUACGGUUGGUCUGUUGGUUGGAUUCAAGAACGAUGCCAUCGGCUUCAUCGCCGGUUUGGUUUGCAAUUGGGCCUACGACAUUCCGAUUUGGUGGGAGAAAGCUCGCAGUCGCUGGUCAGAGGGACAUCUCCGUCUACGCUAG